AUGCUUCCCUUUCUAUUUUUAGGGAUUAUCAGGUUUUUCUACGACUAUGUCAAGGCCAACCCCGUGAACGCAUCUAAUGUCACCUCUCUUGAUGUAUACAGUCCACAGCAAAGGGUUACCUAUUGUGUCCCCUGGAUUCCGAAUUGCGAAGAAGGACUACAAUGUUGCUUCUUUUUGUGUACAAACACAACGUCGAAUACGGGAAACUGUGGAGGCUGUGGUGCCAUAUGCGUCGUCGGGUCACCACCAGCCUGCUGCGACGGAGUGUGUACGGAUUUGAACUCGAGUGUUGAUAAUUGUGGAGCAUGUGAUGCACCACAAUGCACUGGAACCCAACCUGCCUGCUGUUCUGGUGUGUGCAAAGAUCUCGAUAACAACUUCGCCAGCUGUGGAGCAUGUGAUAUAACCUGCACCGAUCAAGUACCAGCCUGCUGCUCAGGCUCCUGCUCCGAUCUCGCCACUGAUCCCGAGCACUGUGGUUCUUGCAAUGCAUCCCCCUGUCUUGGAGAACAGCCUGACUGCUUGAUCCCCUACACUGCGGCUCCUGCACCGCCCUUCCUUGUCUUGGUCUCAACCCUGCCUGUUGUUCAGGGAAGUGCACUGAUGUUUCCUCAAAUGCCAAUAGUUGUGGAGCUUGCAAUCGUACUUGCCAAGCAAAUCAGCCAACCUGCUGCUCCGGAACCUGCACCAACACAGCCACCGACCCAAACAACUGCGGCCGAUGCGGCAGCAAAUGUACAGGCACCCAGCCCACCUGUUGUAACGGGGUAUGCACAGAUAUUAGCAAGGAUCCCGCCCAUUGUGGCAGCUGCACGGCCCUCCCGUGCCUGGGCUCUAGACCGGCAUGUUGCUCAGGUGCCUGUACAGAUCUGGCGACUAUUGACCACUGUGGAUCUUGUUCGGCGAUUCUUGUUCGGCUUUGCCGUGUGGUGGAACACAGCCUGGCUGUUGCUCUGGGCAAUGUACAGACCUAUCCACCAGUUUGCAGCAUUGUGGAUCUUGCACUGCUGUGCCGUGUACUGGCUUGCUGCCGGCUUGCUGUGGUGGGAUGUGUACUGA